ACGAAAAGUUUAGUUGCAGAGCCCCGUAAUAUUUAAAUUUUAAUGCUCUGGACAGUGCUAAAUCGUAGCCAGCCGCCUGUCUAAUAAACGAGAACAACACGGAACAUCAAAUAGACACCCACGCGCCUGCUGCAGCGGCUCUCGUAAGGCCCUGAAAAUUGUCAAAUAUUUGCGGUUUGGUCGGAGACGGACGCGGUGCCGUUUUGCCCAAAAAAGAAAAAAAAAAGAAGAGUGCAAAAAUCAAAGCUAACCGGGAUUCCGCACCCAACAGAAACGUGUAUUUAGUGUGUAAGAAUAAAGUUUUCUGCCUUAACUACAGGCCAACAGCUCCGCCCGGCAAUUAGUAAGCAGUGCUGCAACGAUAAAGAUAUGAGUACAACUAUAUUUCUAACGACAGCGGAGAAUGGACUGCGACAUGAUAAAAUUGUUAUACUCGAUGCUGGUGCACAGUAUGGCAAGGUCAUCGAUCGCAAGGUGCGCGAACUUUUGGUCGAAUCGGACAUUCUGCCAUUGGAUACGCCAGCGUCGACGAUACGCGAUAAUGGCUAUCGGGGCAUCAUCAUCUCCGGUGGACCCAAUUCAGUUUAUGCUGAAGAUGCGCCCACGUAUGAUCCCGAUCUGUUUAAACUGAAAAUCCCUAUGCUGGGCAUCUGCUAUGGCAUGCAGUUAAUCAACAAAGAGUUCGGCGGCACCGUGCUCAAGACGGACGUGCGCGAGGAUGGCCAGCAGAACAUUGAGAUUGAAACAUCGUGCCCGUUGUUUAGUCGCCUUAGUCGCACACAGUCCGUGCUGCUCACCCAUGGCGAUAGCGUGGAGCGCGUGGGCGAGAAACUUAAAGUCGGUGGCUGGUCAACGAAUCGCAUUGUGACUGCCAUUUAUAACGAGAUCUUGCGAAUCUAUGGCGUACAAUUUCAUCCAGAAGUCGAUCUAACCAUCAAUGGCAAACAAAUGCUAUCAAACUUUUUGUACGAAAUAUGCGAGCUAACGCCAAACUUUACCAUGGGCAGUCGGAAAGAGGAAUGCAUACGCUAUAUACGCGAAAAAGUGGGCAAUAAUAAAGUCUUGUUGCUGGUCAGCGGCGGCGUUGAUUCGAGUGUGUGUGCCGCAUUACUGCGACGUGCGCUGCAUCCAAGCCAAAUCAUAGCAGUACAUGUGGAUAAUGGUUUCAUGCGCAAGAACGAAAGCGAAAAGGUGGAGCGUUCGUUGCGAGAUAUUGGCAUUGAUUUGAUAGUGCGUAAGGAAGGCUACACGUUCCUCAAGGGCACCACGCAAGUGAAGCGACCCGGCCAGUAUUCUGUUGUUGAAACGCCCAUGCUAUGUCAAACCUAUAAUCCGGAAGAGAAGCGUAAAAUCAUUGGUGAUAUAUUUGUAAAAGUGACCAACGAUGUGGUCGCUGAAUUGAAACUAAAACCCGAGGAGGUACUGCUGGCGCAGGGCACACUGCGACCCGAUCUGAUUGAAUCCGCGUCCAAUAUGGUCAGCACGAAUGCCGAAACAAUCAAGACGCAUCACAAUGACACGGAUCUGAUUCGGGAGCUGCGUAAUGCUGGACGUGUCGUAGAACCAUUAUGUGACUUUCACAAGGACGAGGUGCGUGAUCUAGGCAAUGAUCUGGGCCUGCCAGCGGAAUUGGUCGAACGACAGCCCUUUCCCGGACCUGGACUAGCCAUACGCGUGCUAUGCGCGGAGGAAGCCUAUAUGGAAAAGGAUUACUCAGAGACACAGGUCAUCGUGCGCGUUAUUGUGGACUACAAGAAUAAACUGCAAAAGAACCAUGCGCUUAUUAAUCGUGUGACGGGCGCCACCAGUGAAAUUGAGCAAAAGGAACUGCUGCGCAUCUCUGCCAAUUCGGAUAUACAGGCAACAUUGUUGCCGGUACGAUCGGUGGGUGUGCAGGGUGAUAAGCGCACCUAUAGCUAUGUGGUGGGCUUGUCAACGACGAGCCCGGAGCCUAACUGGCAGGAUAUGUUGUUUUUGGCCAAAAUAAUACCGCGCAUAUUGCAUAAUGUUAACCGAGUCUGUUAUAUCUUUGGCGAGCCCGUGCAGUAUCUAAUUACGGAUAUAACGCACACAACGCUCAAUACUGUGGUGCUGGCACAGCUCCGGCAAGCGGAUGCCAUAGCCAAUGAGAUUAUUAUGCAAGCGGGUCUGUAUCGGAAAAUCUCACAAAUGCCCGUAGUUCUUAUACCCGUACACUUUGAUCGUGAUCCCAUUAAUCGUACGCCCUCCUGCAGAAGAUCUGUGGUUUUGCGUCCAUUUAUAACGAACGAUUUUAUGACUGGUGUGCCAGCUGUGCCUGGCUCUGCUCAACUGCCAUUGCAAGUUCUAAAUCAAAUAGUGCGCGAUAUAUCGAAACUGGAUGGAAUCUCGAGGGUGCUGUACGACUUGACAGCCAAGCCGCCCGGUACCACCGAGUGGGAAUGAUGCGUUCGAAACCAAAACCUUUAACAGCCAUUUCAAUAGCAAUAGAGAUAUGUAGAAACAAUAAACUACUACUGCAUGGUAAUUAACAAAGAGACGCAUGAGACAAUAGCAGAGAUGCCGCCUGCUGCUCAUCCAAAAAUCCUGGGACAGCUAACAGCUAUUAAGCAAAACUGAGAGCAACUGAGAGAAACGUGAGAGAGAGAGAGGAGAGAUAGGAGAGCGUAAAUACAAUUUAGAGUGCCGCUUUAACAAAACAAAACAAAACAAAACAAAAAAACAAACACCACAACCAACAACAAAAUAUUAACAAAAACAAUUCAGGUUUAUAAUAUCGAUUAUUGUGUGUAAUUAAAAGUAACGCGAAACGAUGUUAAACAAACAAGAAAUUAACACCAGAUGGCAACAAAUAAUAUAUAUUAUUGCUGUAUAUUGAAAUAUUAACAUGUUUAACCAGCAUGUGCGAUUUGUUCCUUUUAUGAAAAGGAGAUUACAAAACACAUAAGAUACAUAAGUAACAAAAACAAUUUAUUUACGCAUUUUUUAGUUAUAUACAUAAUUAUACAUA